AAGUAAAGGGAUAGUCGUUAGGAGCUGAUUUUUGGACUAUUCCACCGCAACCUUUGCCGUUCAAUCGCCGGAAGUAUUUGUUAACAACAUCCGGGUGGUUAUUGGAAAAAUUGGCGGUUUGCUGUUGCGUUUUCGUUUUCCUGACUAAAUCUGAGAACUUUUACCUAACAAAUGUGAACUCAAACUAUAUUUAACUGUACAUGCUUUUACAAUAUGUAUGUAUGUGUAUCUGCAGUGUUUGUUAAUAUUUUUGCAUGUUUAUGUGUGACAACUCAAAACAAGUUAGCCGACAGUAAACUUUGCAGCUAGCAGCUAAAGCUAGCUGACUAGCUUUGAACAACAACGUUAGCCAGCCACCCGUUUCCUCCAUCUCGAGAUAAUGGCGAACCCGGUAUUGUUGCAGAAGAAGAGUGGAAAAUACUUGUGGUUUGCUCUUCUCGGGUUAGGACUUCAACCAGACAAACUCAACUUAACCGCCAAACGCAUCAACCUGGGACCGAAUAUGUUCGACAAACCAAACAAGGAUGCCUUCUACAUAGUAACCCAUUUCCUUUUGGAGAGACUCAGCCCAACACGAUUUAAUGAAGCAUACAGGCACUGCUGGCCUGUGUUGUGCCACAAAGCAGAUGCGGAGUUCCGCAAAGUGACCUGUGCUUGGCUGCGAGAAAUAAUGGUGAGAAAUUGCAAACUUAGCUUAGAGUAA